AUGUGGGAAGAACGAUUGCUCAAAUCUUGGAGCUCAAUGUCAGUGCCCAAGGCAGCCCCAGUGAUAUAGUUGAUCUCAAUGAUGCGAACCAUCCAUGCUCGAGAUGGUAUUUCAAUGCCCACAUUAAAAGACAGACUUUUUCUAACAAAAAACAGGGCCGGUAUCUCUGUCAAGCUCACAGAAUUGUUUCAAAACACCACAACCAAGGAAUGCACCAAUGACGCCAGAGCUGCUAUCAGAGCAGGAUUUCAUGAUGCUGGAACAUGGUCAAAAACCUUAGCCUCAACUGGACAAGACUUUGGUGGUGCCGAUGGGUCCAUUUAUUUGUUUGGCGAAACUACUCGUGCCGAAAACAAUGGUCUCCAGGGUAUUGUCAAUAGAUUGGGCCAGCUUGCAAAAGAUUCCGCGGUUGAGGUCGCUGACAUGAUACAAUUCGCCGCCGCUCAUGCAACUGUGACUUGCCCAUUAGGGCCAAGAAUGCGAACUUUUGUGGGCCGCAAGGAUGCGACCAAGCCUUCACCGGACGGGUUAUUGCCAAGUGCUACAUCAGAUGCGCAGACCCUUCUGGAUCUUUUCUUUGACAAAAACAUUGGACCUUUGGAUCUUGUGGCGCUGGUUGGUGCUCAUAGCGUGAGCCGCCAAUUUACAUUCAAUAGUACCCGGGCGGGUGAGAAUCAAGACUCCACACCAGGGGUGUGGGAUACCAAGUUCUAUGAGGAUACUAUCCGGUCUGACUUUAAUGCUGGACACGGGGUACUGACAUUUCCAUCUGACAAAGCACUGAGUUUACAUGGGCCCUUACAAGAGGAAUGGAACGGCUAUGCUGUUCGUCAAAAUGACUGGGUAGAACACUUCUCAAGAGCGUAUAUACGCUUGAGUUUAACAGGAGUUAAUAACAUCCACAACUUGACCGAAUGUGAGUUAACUAAGUCGAUUGCUUCUAGAUUUCUGAUUGCUAAUUCUCCUCACAGGUACCGAUGCUCUCCCUUUGCCUGUCAUUACCUUCCCGUAA